UUUUCCAGGAAUGUUUAAACACAACAGCAAAACUUAAGAAGUUUACAGAGAAGCUCAUCCCAGAGCUGCAGAGUAUGAAGAUCAGGCAGGACGAGGAGAAGAAGCAACUCUGCGCCCUUCGGGAUCAGCUGAAAAUGGUAUUGCAGCUGGAGCAGAAAGAGGACGCUGGGAACAAGCAGGCAGCGUACAACAUGCACCAGCUGCAAGGGAACAAGCAGUACGGCACAGAGAAGUCGGGGACCCUCUUCAAGAAAAGCGAUGGGUUGAGAAAAGUCUGGCAGAAGAGGAAAUGCACCAUCAGCAAUGGCUACCUGACCAUCUCUCACAGCAUGCUCAACCGCCCACCAACCAAGCUGAAUUUACUGACCUGCCAGGUGAAGCCUAAUGUGGAUGACAAGAAAUGCUUCGAUCUGGUUUCCUAUAACCGAACAUACCGCUUCCUGGCAGAGAAUGAGCAGGACUGUGCUGCCUGGGUGUCUGUCCUCAGCAACAGCAAGGAGGAGGCGCUGAAUGUGGCCUUCAGCAAGGUGCAGGGUGAAGGGGAGAGCAGCCGGGAGGAGGUGAUCCGGGCCAUCAUUGAGGAGAUCAGAGACAUGCCUGGGAACAGGGAGUGCUGCGACUGCUUGGCCCCAGAUCCCACUUGGCUUUCCAUUAACUUGGGCAUCCUGAUCUGCAUUGAGUGCUCUGGUAUACACAGAGAGAUGGGUGUGCAUCUGUCCCGCAUCCAGUCGCUGUCUCUGGACAAGCUGGCAACCUCCGAAUUGCUGCUGGCAAGGAAUAUCAGCAACUCCGGCUUCAACGACAUCAUGGAAGCAAAUCUCUGCAGCUUUUCCUUGAAGCCCACAGUGCACAGUGACAUGGCCUUUCGGAAAAGCUUCAUCUUUUCCAAGUAUGUUGAGAAGAAAUAUGCCAAGAGGAGCCCUGCUGCUCAGCCCUCCAGCCUCCCAGAAGCCAUCAAGGACAAGGACAUAUUUUCUUUGCUUCAAGCAUAUGCGGAGAAUGUGGAUUUGAGCGAGCCUGUGCUGGCACCUCUGCAGGAACCUGGGGAGACCAUUCUCCACUUGGCAGUUCUGUUGUCUGAUCGAACCUCUUUGCAUAUCGUUGAUUUUCUUGUCCAGAACAGCGGGAGCUUGGCAAAGCAGACAGCGGAGGGGAACACACCACUUCACUACUGUUGCUCUCACAACAAACCCGAGUGUGUCAAGCUGCUGCUGAAGGCCAAAGCCGACAUCACCAUCACUAAUGAAGCAGGAGAGACGGCCCUGGAUGUUGCCAGGAGGAUGAGACAUCCCCUGUGUGAAGAGCUGCUGCUGCAGGCCCAGAACAAUCAGUUCAACCCCAAUGUCCACGUGGAAUAUGAGUGGUGUCUGGGCCAAGAUGACAUGUAUGAGAGUGACGAAGACCUGGAUGAGAAGCUGGGUUCUGUGAAGAAGGGGUCUGCCUGUCCACAGAGCUGCUACCCUGCCAUGGCCCCUAGGCAAGAGGAGGCAGGGACAGUGCCCUGGGGCAGAUGGCUGGACACAUGCCCCCUGCCAUCUGCCCAUCUCUGCAGCCUGGAGGUGCCACCAGCCCCCUCCUAUGUGCCUCCAUUCCCACCCCAGCAGGCAAAGCCAGUGCCCCAGGGAGCAUAUCCACCCUUCCUUACCAGCUCAUCUGUCUUUGCUGAGGACACAAGAAGCAGGAGACCACCCCUGCCUCUGAGCAUCAAGCACAAGCGCACAUCUUCAGAGCCGGCACCUUGGGUACCGCUCAGCCCUGAGCAGCCCAGCCCAACCAGCCUGGCUUCAGAUGCCCUGAAAGCCAUGGACCCCCUCUGCGUGCCUGGCCCACACCGAUCCCUCCAGGAGCCAGAUCCAUGUUCUGGCCGUGCCCGAGAUGUCCCACCUCUUCUUCCUCGGAGGAGCAGUUUGAACAGACUGCUGCUCCGCAGGGUCCGUGCUCUCUAUGACUGCAAUGCUGACCGGGAAGAUGAGCUGACUUUCCGCACAGGCGAGAUUAUUGUGGUGGCUGAAAAGGAGGACAGCAACUGGUGGAAAGGGUGGAUUGAAGGACAGCCUCACAGGCAAGGUGUGUUCCCCGCUUCAUUUGUUCACGUGCUCAAUGAGUAGGAGCUGCUUCAAUUCAAGAAGGACCUGAUCAGCUACUUAAAAUGGAGUUCCCCAAGCUCCCAUCUGCACUGAGGGCCCAAGGAUGAGCAGAAUGGGAGCAUCUGCUCAGCUGGUGCCGCCUUCCUCAUCCCUGCUGACCCAGCACCCCUGUCCCCCCGGCCCUCUCUUCCCAUGGGCUGCCAGCCUGUCCCAGAAAAUACAUGGUCCACAAAUGCACUCCUACCCCAGCUACAUCCUCCACGCAAGAAACAGUCAUGAACAACUGUGCUACAACAUGCCUGGCUCCUGCCUUGCCCUGACCGCUCUGCUCGUGCUGUGGUGCUCCCUGCCCUGCUAGUGCUGAUGGAAAUGAUGAUAGAGUGGAGCAGGGCCGUGCCCUGCAGGACUCUGGAGCUGCAAGUGGAGCUGUGCUGCAUGCAAACCCCUGGGAAAGGGCUUCUGCUGAGGGCUGAGCACACUGGACUCUUGGAAAUGCAAAUGAGUGCGUGCUGUGGAGCCAGCACCCCCAGGAGCCUGGUCCAUUCCUAAUUCCUCCCACCCAGGUUUCACAGUUUGUGGUCCAGGAAAUGUGCUCUGUGGCAGCUCAGGGCAUUGCUCCUUCAGUGCCUGCCUCCCCCCAGCAAUAGCCUUUUGAGCCUGCUACCAAUAAAUUCCGGCUCUUGAGUGCUCUGUAUUUUGCAGGGCUGUUCUAGUUUGAGUUUCUAGAUCCUUCCCCUUCACCACUCUCCCUCAGGCACAAA